AUGUUCUACACCAUUAUCAUACCAGCCUCCAAGGUGGACAUCAAGGGAUCAGCCGUACAUACCAUCAAAUCCGGGAUCAUUUCCACUGGAGAGGACUGUAUAGAAGUGUGCAAAGAUAUGUCGGGGAGUGUAGGGACUGCGAGACUGGAAAAGGACGACCCCGGAUCCAGGGAGAAUCGCCGGAUCAUCGCUAUGGAUCACAUCCCCUCAUUACCCAGAUCCUAUAAAGGUAGCACUGAGCUGUUGAUCUUCGAAGAUUUCUUUUCCGGAUAUGUGAUUGCCAAGGCUAGCGGAUCCAGGACGGCUCAAACUGUGGAAGAAUCUUACGAGGAAUGUGUGUCCCUCCGAUUUGGUGCCAGCGAGGUGAUCCGCCAUGAUCACGAACCCGGGUUCAUGUCCGAUUUCUUUCCCGCAUUUAAGAAGAUCAUGGAUCAGCGCCAACGUGCAACAAUCGCAUACAGACCCCAGGCAAAUGGAUCCGCAGAAAGAAUGGUACAGACCACUACCAGGGCAUUUAAAAUAUCAGCGAGAUUGGGACGAGUAUGUGGAGCGACUUACAUUCGCAAUCAACACCGCUCGGGAGUAGAUCCGUGGAGAGACGCCGUUCUACAUGGUCCGCGGCUGGGAUCCGAGACCCACAUGGAGGCGGCGAUCCCGAUGGGAAGUACAAGAAGACAGGAUCGGAAUCCGCGGAGGUGGCGAUAUCGGAUCCAGAGGCAUUACCAACAGGCACGGGAGCAGGUGAAUCAACGCUUACGGGAGGCGAUCUCAGACCGGGCAGAUCAGCACAAUGAUAUAGCGCGCCCACAUCAAGUCGAGGCUGGAUCCCGAAGGGAUAUGCCAAGAAGCUUGCGCACCUGUGGCAUGGCCCUUUCCCGUGUGGCCGAGAAGAUCGUCGAGUAUGCGGUAAAGCUCGAUAUUGCCAGAUCUCCAUACAAUAUCUUCCCUGUGGUCCACGUGUCAAAGAUCAAGCCUGUCAGAAGAUUCCCGAAUCGGCCGGUAAUACGUCUCACGAUGCAGGAUCAAGAUCGUCUGGAUUUCGAUGAAGCACUUCUACCUGGAGAUAGCUGGGUCCAUGAUCGCGAUCCGGACGAGUAUGAGAAUCUCGGAUAUGAGGACUGGCAGGAAGACAAGAUAAGGUCGGAUCCUGCGUCAAUUCUUAGUGCACUGGCGUGGGAUCCAAUCGGGAUCGAUGAGGCUGAUCUCAACUGUGGAGCAAUACUCCACGAGUUCUUGCGGGAUCGCGCCAAUCAAAAUCGGUUUGGCAUGAUGCAAUCUCACGAAGAGGCCUAA